UUCCGGGUAAGGGACAUCCCAGUUUACGUCAUUUUGAGCGGGUAGUUUGUUGGCGGAAAAAGAAAGAACGGAAGAGAAGACAACAGAAGCAGUGGGCGCUUUACUGUGGUAUUAAGAAGUUAAAAGGUAUUCAUAUAAUGGAAGUUGCCCCACAAACUUUGCAGAAGAAAAGUGACCUUUUGUUUGUUCAGUCAAAGGAUGACAAACACGAUGGAAGAUAUAAACUUUCCAGUGAAGUAAGAGCAGAUAUUGAAAGCUUGUAUGAGGCGGUACCACAGCUGUCAAAAAUCUUCCAGAUCGAAAACAAAAUUGGAGAAGGUACCUUUAGCUCGGUUUACUUGGCAACAGCACAGCUGAGAUCUGGAGUUAAGGAGAAGUUUGCUUUAAAGCAUUUAAUUCCUACCAGCCAUCCAAUACGAAUCGCUGCAGAACUUCAGUGCUUAACAGUGGCUGGAGGAAAAGAAAAUGUCAUGGGAGUGACAUCUUGCCUAAGGAAGGGUGACCAUGUGGUUAUUGUUAUGCCUUAUCUGGAACAUGAAUCUUUUGUGGAAAUUUUAGGUUGCAUCAGUUUUGCAGAAGUACGGGAGUAUAUGUUCCACAUGCUCAAAGCUCUAACGCACAUUCAUCACUUUGGCAUCAUUCACCGUGACAUCAAGCCAAGCAACUUCCUGUACAACAGGCAGCAGAAAAAGUAUGCAUUAGUGGAUUUUGGCCUUGCACAGGGUACUCCUGAUACCCAAGUUGAGCUCCUCAAGGUUGUAAAGGGCGAGAGCCAGCAGGGGAGUUGCUCGAAAAAUAAAUCUCACAUCACCACGGGGAAUAAGACACCUCACAGUAGUACAGCCGCUAAAGACAUCCCUCAGAACUCGUCUGCAAAACCACCUGUUAAACGAUCCUGGUCUCUUGUACAGGCUAAACAAGGAAAGGAAUCACUGUUGGUCAACUCACACCGUUCUGUGUUUGGUGAAAGAAAUUUAAACAGUCUUAACCCGCAUGAAGGAGCUAUACUCAAGCCAGUGAAACUAUCCAAGACUGUAGAUCUUACAUCCAGAAAAAUGGCAGUAACAAAACGCAAGCCAGUGCUAGCUAAAGGUGCAGCCAGCAAUCACAGCCGAAAACCAACCGCCCAGUGCCCUGCAACCCUGACAUGUGACUGCUACAUGACGGAUAGAGUUUGCAACGUGUGCCUUUCAAGACGGCAACAAGUAGCCCCAAGGGCGGGUACUCCUGGAUUUAGAGCACCUGAAGUCCUUACAAAGUGUCCCAAUCAAAACACAGCAAUUGACAUGUGGUCUGCAGGAGUCAUUUUCCUGUCCCUGCUCAGUGGUAGAUAUCCUUUUUUCAAAGCAAGUGAUGACUUAAUUGCUUUAGCACAAAUUAUGACCAUCCGUGGAUCCAAAGAAACUGUCCGUGCUGCUAAAACCUUUGGUAAAUCAGUGCUGUGCAGCAAGGACAUUCCAGCUCAGGAUUUAAAGACUCUGUGUGAGAGGCUACGAGGAACACAUUCUCAGAAGGGGAGCUGUGUCUCUGAAACAAACACAGUCUCGGAAGAUGUUCUGGUUACUCCUGAUGCUUGCACUGCUCCUAUAAAGGCAGAGACUUCUUUCGCAAGAUGCCAGCAAGCCCAGCAAUAUAGUCUUGAAGAAGAGGCCCAGCAGGACAGUCCAAGCGACUCAGGCUUCAAAGACAGCAAGAUGUCGUCAGAUGUAAAGGGGUGGGACAGAGUUCCUGACACGGCAUAUGAUCUUCUUGACAAACUGUUAGAUCUGAAUCCUGCUACAAGGAUACAGGCUAGCCAGGCCCUGCUGCACCCUUUCUUUCAAAGCUUGUGAUUUUGACCCCACUGCUGGAGCGGUGGGUGAACUCUGCUUUUCUGCCAAGCUUCACCAAAGUGCCUUGUUUCUAUUUUCUCUUUGGACAAAGAACUUCAAGGAUAGGUUAUUAUAGAUGGUAUAAUGGAAACAACAUCUGAAAGAAGGCAUGGAAAAUAAUCCAACAAUAAUCAAGACUAUUUGGCUAUAAAUUGCCAUUGCAACAACCCAUCCCAAGGCACGUGGCAGGAAGGGCAGUGAGGGAUUUCCGUGUUUUGUAGUUUUUUUCCUUAUGUACUUUUUCAUCUGGCAUUUACUGAUAACAACCAGUUAUACAUUGUGUUUUUUAUUGUGUUGGAAA